GACAUUAGGCACCAAUAUCUGACGUGCGAUCCGAUUACCGCAGCCCACCCUCCUAAAAAAAAGCAUGGGCUACGGCGCAACGCAUGCCCAGCUCCUCUCAGUCCCCCCUUACGUCGCCGCCGCAAUAUUCUGUAUAAUCGGCUCCUUCCUUGCAGACCGAUUCCACGCCCGAGGCUACAUCCUCCUCGCUUUUACCCCGAUCACCAUCACCGGGUUCACCAUCCUAGCCACAGUCAAAUUAUCGAGUGUCCGCUACUUCGCCCUCUUCCUCGCCACCACCGGCGCAUUCACAUGCUCCCCUAUCCUGCUCGCCUGGGUAAGUGGCAACGCAGCAGGCCCUGCGGUCCGCGCCGUCGUGACGGGCUACGCGGUGGGGAUUGCGAAUGUGGGAUCGAUUAUCGCGACCUGGACUUACCUUCCUUCUCAGGCUCCGUACUAUACCGCGGGCCACUGGAUGAACUUUGGAGCGGCUUGCAUUCUGUUCGCAGUGGUGGGUUGUAAUGUGGUGUAUUUGGUGAAGGAGAAUCGGUUGCGGAUGGCGGGCAAGAGGGAUUAUCGAGUGACGGGGGCGGCCAGUCAGGCGGAGGUUGAGAGGUUGGGACAUUUGCAUCCGGAGUUUCGGUAUACCCCGUAGUCUUGUGGGUGGUUGCUUGUUUUGACCAUAGUGUGUUUGGGGCAAAGGCUGCUGUAAAGUUGAGACCAGAGGAUUUUGAGAUUGCGUACAGUAGUGCGAGUGGCUUUAGAUUCUUG